AUGGAGCGGAAGCUUGCAGAUUUCAGGGCUCGGCGGCAGUCUAAAAGGAGUUCCGGUCGGGAGCAAGGCACCGGUAUUCCCCCAACAAUCGCGGAAGCGGUGUCAACUCCAUUUGAUGAGCAAAAUCCAAACCGGAGCUCCCAAGAUGUGCCCUGUGGGGACUGGAUGCUGGACAGCUCGUGGGGGAGAUGGCUGUCCACAAGAAGAUUUGACUUCUCCAACAUCACCCUACUCAAAGUCCUGAUCUGGGUGAUGCUGCUCGGCUUGUUUGUGGAGCUGGAGUUCGGCUGGGCAUUUUUCGUCAUCUCCCUUUUCUACUGGAUGUACGAGGGACUUCGUGACCCGGCAGAUCGGGAGCCUGAGGAGAUGAGCGCAUAUUCCGUCUUCAAUCCGAACUGUGAGCCGCUGCCGGGCGCUCUCACUGCAGAGCAGAUGGAAGCAGAAAUGGGCUAUAGACCCCUUGCAAAUAAAUGAAAUCCAUUGGCCUUGAAUCUUGACUUGAAAUAAUAAUGUCAUUGAAUGUAAUUUGUCUGUUGGCUGCUAUUUAAAUUACUGUUUGACA